CGAUCCAACGACGUUGAUCAUAUUCAGUCGACGCCGGUCGCUUGGCAAAAUCGGCUGGUGCCUCUUACUGCUCGCUUGAAGCUCGGUUUCGUGACACACAAUGGUGUAACUAGUGCGCGUGUAACCUUACAAUUAUUUUAUAUCGGCGAGUGCCUUUCCAAUUAAAGUGACAAUUAACACACACAUUAGUACAUUGCUUUUAUUUCUCUUUCCUCUGAAGGGUCAAAAUUGACUUGAAGUUAUAAUAUUAGAAACAUCAUUUUAGAAUAUUUGACUUGAUAAAAAUAACAAGAAUGAAUUAUCGAUAUUCGAUGAUUAUCAAAACAGGAAAUGAUAAUUAAGCAGUUCAAGACCGUAAAAUAAAAGCGUGAAAUAAAUAAAACACGAGGACCCACCAGAAUAUUUAUUAUACGGAUUCGAGUGGAGAAAGUUGAUAAAAAGGAACUUAACGAUCGUGAGAAAUUUCAAAGCAAUACUGUGAUUGGCCACAAAUUUUUGAAUAUUUUUCCAGGAUCGAGUGGAGAAAGUUGAUAAAAAGGAACUUAACGAUCGUAAGAAAUCGCAAAGCACUACUGUGACUGGCCACGCAUGGUGAGGGUAGACUUUACCAGCACUAUUACAAAAAGGAUAAGCGACAGCAAAAAUUACAGAUAUUCGUACUGUGUGGAACCAGUAACAAUAGAAGAUGUCGAUCGUUUGGCUUGCAAAUUGCGUUAUCGCGCUACUGAUUUUCGUAAAUGAAGCUACUGCGAACCCCAUUUUGAGCAACGAUGAAGAAUUCACUAUCAGAAUCGUUCACACGAAUGAUAUGCAUGCGAGAUUUGAAGAAACAUCGCAAAUGUCGACGGCCUGUACACCGCAGGAUGCCGAAGCCGGGAAAUGUUAUGGAGGUUUCGCCAGGAUUGCGACUUUGGUUCGCCAAGCGAAAUCGGAGUGGCCCGCGACGAUCUUCCUGAAUGCUGGCGAUACUUACCAAGGAACCGCGUGGUAUAAUAAGUACAAAGCGUCAGGGGUGUCUGUGUUUAUGGAGCUUUUAGCGCCAGACGCUAUAAGCUUGGGCAAUCACGAGUUCGACGACGGCGUGAGCGGUUUGAUACCCUUCAUACAAAGUGCUUCGUAUCCCAUUGUGACAGCGAAUCUGGACCUCAGCAAACAACCGGAUCUGGCCGCUACAAAGCUGAAGAACAGCACGAUUCUGGAGGUGAGCGGCAAGAAGAUUGGCGUGAUCGGUUACCUGACGCCGGAAACAAGGAUCCUGUCCACCACCGAGAACGUCAACUUCACGGACGAGGUGGAGUCCAUCCGAGAUGAAGUGAAGAGGCUGAAGGAACAGGGCGUUGAUAUCCUCAUCGCUUUGGGUCACUCGGGCUUUGAUACCGACAAGAAGAUUGCCCGAGAGGUCGAGGACAUCGAUUUAGUGAUCGGUGGCCACACAAACACCUUCCUCUAUCGCGGCACGCCGCCGGACAUUGAAGUACCGGAGGGUCUCUACCCUACGGAAGUGGUGCAGAAGAGUGGCAGGAAGGUCUACGUCGUUCAGGCGUACGCGUACACCAAGUAUCUGGGCAAUUUUACCGCGAGCUUCGAUGCUAGAGGAGAAAUAACGCGCAUCCAAGGAAAUCCGAUUCUCGUGGAUGCCAGCGUAAAGAAGGCGGAGGACGUUUUACAAAUGAUAGCCAAGAUGAGAGGACCAAUCGACGAAUUGGAUGAAAAGGUCGUUGGACAGACGCGGGUGCUCAUCGAUGGAGACAGCAAGAAUUGCAGGCGACAAGAGUGCAACAUGGGAAAUCUAAUUUGCGACGCUAUUCUCGAUUAUUAUGUCGGAGAAUUCUUGGACAAGGAUGGAUGGACGGACACUGCCAUCGCGAUCCAAAACAGCGGCAGCAUCAGAACAUCCAUCACCAGAGCGAGAGACGACGACGUCACUCGAGGCGAUAUUCUAACUGUCUUGCCCUUCGGAAACGUCGUCGUGAAGCUUUCUCUAACGGGAGAACAGAUUCUCUCGGUGCUGGAAUGGAGUGUUCAUAAUCUUACGAAUGUAACUUCUACUGGAAACUUAUUCGGCGCUUAUUUGCAAUACUCGGGGCUGCAGGUAACGUAUGAUAUGAGUCGACCGCCGAACUCGAGAGUAGUUUCUGUUCAAGUUCAAUGCGCGGCUUGUCGAGUGCCGAAGUACACUGAACUUCAGAAAAAUGCUACUUACAAGGUCCUCAUGAACGAUUUCCUCGGAAGGGGCGGUGAUGGUUUUCACAUGCUGGAGAAGGUCGAAAAAAGCUCUCUCGGUAUUACUACGGCGGAAGUACUGGAAAAGUAUUUCGAAAAGCACAGUCCGAUAUAUCCAGGCGUGGAGUGGCGAAUUUCUUACGUAACCAACGAAGAUAAGAAAGAAAAAGAUAAUAACAAUAUCGCAACAACUUACCAACCAAUUGGCACCACAAUCCUUUUGCCGAUCAUUACUUGGCUACUGACGAGAUAACGAGAACGAUACUAAUUUUUAAAUUAACUAAUGAUUAAUUUUAAAGGAGGAUAGUUAAACAGAUCAUGUUUGUUUUUAUAUUCUAUUGUUUUAUACAAUUGUGCUACCUCAAUGUUACUUGCGCUUUACGUUGUUUUUGUAUCUUUCUUUGUUGCCUGAUAAAAACAUAGAAAUAUGUGUACCACACGUAUAUGUAAUAUGAAAAUAAAAAAUGUAUAGAACAAUGAGGAAAA